AUGCAGCCAUAUAACAGCAAAAUCGAGAAUUCUGUUAUACGCAUACCUAUACCUGGAUACUCUCUCACCAGCCAGGGCGGCGAAGUCACUGUCUCAUACAUGCCACAGAAGAUGGAUCCGACAAGGCUUCACAAUGCAAUUGGCCUCACAUACCGCGCACCCAGCAGCAAAACAACAUCAGUAAACGGUUCUAUAGUCAACCUACUCAAUCUCCCACCCACACCCCAAGAUUCUCCAAUGGCAGGCAAUUUCCUAGACCUCAUGCCAGUGGCUGAUCGGAACGACUCCUUGACGCCCNCCGACUCGCCUAUGGAACUCGAAGGAGACAUCCCUAAAUUCCCGCCUCGGGAAAAGACAAUCAGUGUUUUAUACAGCCCUCACGGUGUAUCUUACUUUGCAGUCGAGCCAUACGCAUCCUCGUUAUUAGCAAAAGAAUUUGCAUUGCCAUUAACCGCUCUCUUCCACUCCAUCAACAUUGAGGAAAACCCUUGGUUCAUGGGCGGCGUCGUAGCAGCAGGAUAUCCCGGAGGCGCUGAAAUGGUUCGAGAAUUGGGAGCGCGCUACUGGAUCAGCGCACACGACGAAGUCAAGGAAAAUCUAGGCUGGUCUGUAAAGUGGAUCAAGAGUUCUGCAUACUCAGUAGAGGAAGCACAGAACAAAUUGGAUGAGGAGAAGAAAAACAUUGCAUUGCAUCAGGAAGGAAAGCGAUCAAAAGUGGAUUACAGGACACAGAUUGUCAGACUGGAUGUGGGAGAAAAGCUACGCAUUGUUUGA